GAGCUGCGCAGGGAGGCGGAGCUCUGCCUUGAAACCCACAGGUCAGCCCAGGACUUCCCCUCUGAUGGACCCCUGAAAAAAGCCUCCACUCCCAUCCUGCCCUCCACCCACCUUGCCUGCCAAAGUACCAGGCACGGCAGCCCAGCCAGGAAACAGGAGACGCCGCUCGUCAGUUUCCCCUGUCCUCCGCCUCUGUCCAAGGCUUCCAAGUUCCUGAACCGGAGCCAAGUCCCUGAUAAGGGCUGGGUGGGUUUGGGGGGAGAGGUACAGAGAGUGCCAGCCUGUUAGCCUGUGACCCAGUCUCCCCCAAGUCACUCACUCAGCAAAACUGCUUCUAAGGAAACAAUUAGCUGACUUCCUUUAGAAAGCCACUCUGUCCAUCCUCACCAAGGGAGAGGCAAGAGGCAUGGAAGAGAACCAGGCACCUGGCUGGGGUGAGGCAAGUCUGAGAUAAAGCACCUAGAGGUGUAACUGCCUUGUUCAAAGCACUCCCGUCUUAUAGAUGGGUUGCAUUCCAAAAGUCUCUUGUUAAUUUCCCCACUAAGGUAAAUCAACCUGAUCAACUGUUUAUUGAGCAUUUACUAUAUACCAGACAACUAUGCUAGAUGUACAUUGCUAUAUUUAAUCCUUCUGAGAAUCCUGUGGGGUUAUUUCUGUUCUCACAUUGUGAGUGAAGAAAUGGAGGCUCAGAGAGGUUAAGUAGUUUGUCUCUGGCCACCCAGCAGAGUCAUGGUUGGGAACAGAUUCUUGAUUCCAAGACCAGUGGCUAUUCUAUGACGCCACACUAUGUUGAGCAGUAAAGAGUCUUCCAGAUUAAGCCCCUAGAACUCCUUUAAUCCAUUAUGCAUCCCCAAAUGGUAUACCUAUGCAAAGGGAAAGAAGAAAACAAUAGUGCUGAAAUACUAAUAAGUUAGCUCAGGAAAACAAUAAAAUGGACUUGGAAAGAGUUUGUCUAGAAUAAGGGUUCCUUAUGGAAAGUGGCUUUAUUGAGAAGAGGAUGUGGAGGUCUCUGGAGACAGAUAUAACGAAAUCCACAAAAAGGAGGGGGGAUACUUGCAAAGGUUUAGGGGCUUGCGGGUCCUGGCUCUUAGUGUCUGGUUUCAUUCCCAACUUGUGCCUUUUCCUUAACGCAGCAGCUAUGAUUGGAGUUGAUCUGAGUUAAGAAAUACAGCAAAGAAGAGAACAAGGAAAACAGAAAAUUAUUUCUGGAGAGGCAUUCCUGGAGAAGUACGGAUAUCUCAGUGAACCUGCCCCCAGUAGUCCCGCCUCCACGCGAUUCAGCAAUGCCAUCAGGGAGUUCCAGUGGGUGUCCCAGCUGCCCAUGAGCGGGAUGCUGGACCCCGCCACGCUGCGCCAGAUGACGCAGCCCCGCUGUGGGGUGGCAGAUACCGAUAGCCAGGUGGCCUGGACCAAGAGAGUCAGUGCCCUAUUUACUGGACGUCGGGCCAAAAUGAGGCGUAAGAAACGCUUUGCCAGGCAAGGCAACAAAUGGUACAAGCGGCAUCUCUCCUACCGCCUGGUGAACUGGCCCCAGCACCUGUCUGAGCCGGCAGUUCGGGGGGCCGUGCGUGCCGCCUUCCAGCUGUGGAGCAACGUCUCGGCGCUGGAGUUCUGGGAGGCCCCGGCCACAGGCCCCGCUGACAUCCGCCUCACCUUCUUCCAAGGGGACCACAACGACGGGCUGAGCAACGCCUUCGAUGGCCCAGGCGGCGCCCUGGCGCACGCCUUCCUCCCCCGCCGCGGCGAAGCGCACUUCGACCGCGACGAGCGCUGGUCCCUGAGCCGCCGCCGCGGGCGCAACCUGUUCGUGGUGCUGGCGCAUGAGAUCGGCCACACGCUCGGCCUGACCCACUCGGCCGCGCCGCGCGCGCUCAUGGCGCCCUACUACAAGAGGCUGGGCCGCGACGCGCUGCUCAGCUGGGACGACGUGCUGGCCGUGCAGAGCCUGUAUGGGAAGCCCCAGGGCGACUCAGUGGCCAUCCAGCUCCCGGGAAAGCUGUUCACGGACUUUGAGGCCUGGGACCCCCACAGACUCCAAGGAAGGCGCCCCGAAACCCGAGGUCCUAAAUAUUGCCACUCUUCCUUCGAUGCAAUCACUGUAGAUGGGCAACAUCGACUGUACAUAUUUCAAGGGAACCAGUUCUGGGAGGUGACAGCUGAUGGCAACGUCUCAGAGCCCCACCUACUACAGAAAAGGUGGGCAGGGCUGCCCCCCCAUAUUGAGGCUGCCGCGGUGUCAUUGGAGGAUGGAGACUUCUACUUCUUCAAAGGGAGUCGAUGCUGGAGGUUCCAGGGCCCCAAGCCAGUGUGGGGCUCCCCACAGCUGUGCCGGGCCGGGGGCCUGCCCCCCCACCCGGAUGCUGCCCUCUUCUUCCCUCCUCUGAGCCGCCUCAUCCUCUUCAAGGGCGCCCGCUACUACGUGCUGGCCCGAGGGGGGCUGCAGGUGGAGCCCUACUACCCCCGAGGCCUGCAGGACUGGGGCGGUGUCCCUGAGGAGGUCAGCGGCGCCCUGCCCAGGCCCGACGGCUCCAUCAUCUUCUUCAGAGACGACCGCUACUGGCGCCUUGACCAGGCCAAACUUCGAGCAACGUCCUCGGGCCGCUGGGCCACAGAGCUGCCCUGGAUGGGCUGCUGGCACGCCAACUCGGGGGGCACCCUGUUCUGAAGAUGCCCCCACCUCUUAGGGAAUUGCUGGCGCUCUCAUGGCCAACGUGUAUCCCCAGCCCCAAGGGCAGACCCCGUCUGGAAGCCUCUGAGCCUCCCUGCAGAAGUCCGGGCAGGAAAGUUCAUCUGCAUUUGUUCCCUGGAGAAUGUCCUUGUGCUGUCAAGACAUUGAUCUUUGUGGGAUCAAUUCAACGAGAAGCCGAAAAGGAUCCCAGACCCCACGGCCCUUUGCCCAAAGACUCAUUCCUUCCCAGGCCUUGGGGAUUUUGUUUCUUCCCCUAAAGGUGCAGUUCCUGUCCAUGAGGCCACAGCACUGGGCAACCAGGAAAGAUGCAAAACUCAAGGAGAAGUUGGGACCACUUUGCAAGACUGUCCCUUCCCCUCAGGACCUCCUGGCUCAGUCCUUGGAGAAUUGUGUCUUAUUUAAUCUCCAACCUCAGGGGUGUCAGGACCCAGAACAAGAAGGAGGCCGAUGCAGGCCUGCUGGGCCCCGUUUCUUUCAGGGGUUGGGGGGAAGGCUGGAAUAAAGAGGUGCUCCCAGCUGGUGGGCCUGGAGGGGGGAAGCAGCCUUCCUUGGACACGUUUCCAGUGAGAGCAGGUGGGUAUGGAUGCCAGGGAGGCCGCAGCCAUGUUCUUCCGGUCAAAGCCGGAACCAGUGAGUUGUGCGUGUGUGUAGCUGUGAUGGGGAGAGGCGCCCUGCCUCUCUCUUCAAAAAUCAAAAUAUCCUUCGCCCACCUCAUCCCUCAGGCCAGAUGAAGGACCCUGCGUGGCAGGGGGAGGACAGGAGGCUCUCCGGAGGUCUGCACUGCUGCAGUCGCUGGGGGCUCUGCAGGCCGAGAGAGCUUCGUGCUCACAAUGGCCCCAUUCUCCUGGCCACACACGAAGCAUUCCAGGAGCUCCCGCUGGCCGGCCGAGAAUAGCUGGGAUUCCUGGCGAAGGCCCCAGCUCCCCGGCCUCCCUGUCUUCUGUCUCAGCGGCUUCUGGGGCUGCUUCUCUAGUCCUCCCCCCUCCACACUUGCCAGUGCCUCCUCUGCACACACACUGACCUCAGCCAGACCGGGCUUCCCGCGGGAGGGGAGGAAGGUCCGGCCAGCUUCAGCCCUCAGCUGCCAGUGCGCAUUCCUGGCCCGGCAGCUUCAUUUUCUUCUCGGCUUGGUGGGGAGAACGGCCUUUGACUGCCCUUGGCUGCAAGUACUUUGUUCCGCCCCGUCCGGGGGGAGUUGCAGGGAGGAGGCUCUCCGCCUGCCCUUUUCCCUCUGGCUUGAACCCGGGGGAAGGGGAGGAGGAUUGAUCUUUAUCCCACGCCACACCUCAAGGCACUGACACUUUGAUUAGGGGCUUUAUUGAAUGAUUUGAGGGAAAGGGCAAGUUUCCCAGAGGGGUUAUUCUCUCUAGGCGACGCCUCUGCUCACCGGGCCCGAAGGACGUGAAAUACCCCCGAGAUGAGCGUGAGGCUGUACCAGGGGGCGCGAGUCAGGUGGGCGGUGGGCACUGCGUGCUGACCCGGGCGCGGGGGCCCUCGGGAGGCGCUGUUGGAGGAAUGGAGCUCCAGGUGAUGUUGGGCUCCGCAUUGAUGACAGGUGGGGCCAGUCAUCAGCGGUGGGCCUGCUGGGCUGCUCGGAGGGGGGCGCUCCGGGAAGGCGGCUCUCAGGCACGUGCUGGAGAGCGCUCCGCGUCUGGGGAGAGGAGAGGGUGGCGGGGAGUUUGGAGUCAGGCGAGGAUGGAGGGCCACAGAGGCCGGGGAUUGGGGGGCGCUCAAAGGCCCACGGCAGCCCCUGCGCCUCCAGAAGCCCGCGCCUCCCGCAGAUCCGGGUGCUCCAGAACGCAGUGCGCCACGUAGUUCGGCGAGCUGUGCAGGUUCCCGCACUUCUUGCAGAAAAGGAUCUCGCAGCGCGCGCAGCCCCCGCCGCGCAGCCGCCGCCGCCGCGUCUCCAGCACGCAUGGCUCCUCCGGGGGGAUCCGCUUCCUGCGGGCGGGGGCCGGGGCGCUCAGGGCACCGCGCCGCCCGCUCCCGCCCGGGGCCCUGGCGCCCGUGCAUCCCGCCCACGCCGAGCGGCGCUCCCUCACCUGUUGGCUGGAGCGGCCAGGCCGCCGAGCAGUGCGAAGGAGCUGAACCAGCCCCAGAAGCCGCUGUCCGCGCGCCGCAGCAGCGCCACCUGCUGGGUGCUGGACUCCUGGCGCAGCGGAUAGUAAGACACGGAGCCCCGCUCCCGGCCCUCGCCGCCCUCCGCCUCCCCGCCCUCCGCGUCGCCCUCGGCCGCGCGCUCCUCCGGCGGCCUCUCCUCGUCCUCCUCCUCCUCGUCCUCCUCCGACCCCUCCUCCGCGGCCUCCGCCUCCGCCUCCGCCUCCCUGGUCCCGGGCUGCUCCAGCUCCUUCUUCCACAAGGGGGUCUUCACGCCUGCGGGGGCGGGGGGCGGGGAGGAGGUCAGUGAAGGGCCUGGGUACCCUGGUACCCUGACUGUUGCCCACAGCCCGACCGCCCGCCCCCCCCCCCAAAAAAAAUAGGCAGUUGUUCGAAGGACAGUGCGCACGAGAUGCCCGGGGCCAGCAGGAUUCCAAGAGAGGGUUACAGAGUGUGCAGGAUUUCCCGUGCAAAGGAGGGCCUGAUUUUCUAGGUCCCCGCACUUCCUAGCUGAAGACUCGGGGCAAGUCACGUCGCUUCUGUCACCUCCGUUUCCCUAUCUGUAAAAUGGGAAAAAGUAGUGCCUAUCUCAAGGGUUACUGUAAGGCAGGUAUCAGAUCGAGUGUGUUUGAAGCGCCUGGCUCAGGGGCGGCGGGAAGCCAUCAACAAACAGGUGCAAUGAGCCUUGCGAACCCGGAGAUGGCGGUUCAUCGCCACCUUCCUUCUAAUUGGCUCCGGGGUGGGGACUGAUCUCUGUGCAGGCUGUCAAUAAACAUUAAGUGCACUGAUUGGAAUUUUAA